UGUUUUCAAAAACGUGUCGCUUUUCAAAGUCACGUGACAACGCCGGUGCUCUGACAGGUACACACUCGUGUACUCGGUCAUAUUGAAUACACAAACUCAUUCUAGAAAUAACAACCGUUACUGUGAAGAGUACAGGAUUUGAGUGACAUUUUAUUAGGCUGAAAAUGGCAGACAAGCAAGUUAUCCUUGUGACAGGAGGCACUGGUCUUGUAGGCAAGGCUAUCGAGUAUGUUGUAGAAAAUGGUGAAAAAAGACCAAAUGAAGAAUGGAUAUUUGCUUCAUCUAAAGAUGCUGAUCUAUGUGAUGCAGACUCAACUAGAAGUUUGUUUGAAAAAUACAAACCCACCCAUGUUAUACACUUGGCUGCAAUGGUUGGAGGCCUUUAUAGAAAUCUAAAAUAUAAUCUUGAUUUCUUUAGAAAAAAUAUGAUGAUUAACGAUAAUGUACUUGCUGCAAGUCAUGAAUUUGGUGUGAAGAAAGUCGUAUCAUGUUUAUCCACAUGUAUCUUCCCAGAUAAAACCACCUACCCCAUUGAUGAGACAAUGAUUCAUAAUGGAGCACCUCAUGACUCUAACUUUGGAUAUUCAUAUGCAAAAAGAAUGAUAGAUGUGUUAAACAGGGGAUACAAUCAGUCUCAUGGUGCAAAAUUUACUGCUGUUAUACCUACAAAUGUGUACGGACCACAUGAUAACUUUGACCUUGAGGAUGGACAUGUUUUACCGGGUCUCAUUAACAAAGCAUAUUGUGCUAAGCGUGAUGGUAAAGAGUUUGUGAUAUGGGGGACAGGGUUGCCACGAAGACAGUUCAUUUACUCUCGGGAUCUUGCUCGUCUCAUGAUAUGGGUUCUUAGAAACUAUGAAGAAAUAGAACCAAUUAUCUUAUCAGUAAGUGAAGAAGAUGAGGUCAGUAUAAAGGAAGCAGCCAUGACCGUCAUUGAGGCAGCAGAUUUCAAGGGCAAGGUUACAUUUGAUACAAGCAAGUCAGAUGGUCAGUUCAAGAAGACAGCAUCAAAUGAAAAACUCAGGAAAUAUCUUCCAGACUUUAAAUUUACUCCUUUUAAAGAAGCUGUUAAAGAAACUGUUGAAUGGUUUGAGAAAAAUUACGAGACUGCAAGAAAGGAGUCUGCAAAAUAGUAGACGGACACUGUGUUCAAUAACAUUAGAAUUCCAUUCGUUUUAACUCUUUUACCUGGUUUAGUCUUACUUAGUUAAAGACACUUCAUCCCAUCAUUUAAGACCACAGCGUUUAAUUUACUUUAUUUUUCUACAUUGUAUCUUCAAAGUCCAGAAUUUUAAAAAAAAUUGUGUAUAAAACUUGAUUCUUCAAAGUUUUAAGGACUUUACAUUGUCAAAUCAUAAAUACAGAAGAGAAUUUCAAAAGUAAUCGCUAAAACUGGUUGAAAUAAGAUCAAACAUCAAACCAGUUAUAAAACUAUAUGUAAACUAUUAAUGGAGACUAUAGCAGGUCUUUAUCCAUAGCCUCCUUUGAUUCUGUGAUACACGCAGGAGAUCCCGGGAGUAUUCUUCCACCAUCAAAAGCUGCAAAAGUCACUGUUUGACCAUAAGCACAGCUUAUAAUGUACAAUGACAUUGCGAGCCGUAAAUAGGGUUAAAUGGGAUGAAAGAGUUAAAAGGAAAGUUCAUAUGUGAUCUGAUUUCUUAGUACAUCUUCAUUAUGAAUUUACUUUAUUAUAACAGCUUUAUUCAUUACUUGCUCUAGUUAGCAGGGAAACUUGAACAUUCUCUCAUAUAGUUUGUUGCUUUCCCUUUUUGUUCAUUGAUGGACAAGUUCCAACAUUUCGCUGAUUUAAAAUGAUAGUUUCUUAGAAAUUUUGCCUCAUUUUAUCAUCUUUUUCAGUUUUAGGCUUAUUAUAGCAAUAUUGUACAGCAUAAUAUAUAUAUAUACAUGUGUGUUAUUCUGUACUUGUUUUUCCAACAUGGGGCAUUUAAAAUAUACAAUUUUGGAGUGUUUAAACAAGUUCAAAUUUAUAUGAUACAAAGAUGACCUUUUGGUAACAUGCUGUAAUUUUUAUAGUUGAAUACUGAUGAAAACUGUAAUAUAAAGAUAGCAAAACAUUUUUAUGAUAUACUGAUAGAAUCUCUCUCUUAUAUUUUCGCAUAUUUUCACAGUCUUGUAUAUAGGGAUUUUUGCAAAGUGUAUUCUAUUAUAAUUGCACUAGUCUUGAAGCAUUUAUAGUAAUCUGUAUUCUGGGAAUUAAACUUACAUGUUAUGUAGUCAGUCUUGUAUAUUUAAGCAAAGUCUGAUGUUUAUAUUACUUUUCUCUACAGAAAUUUGCUAUUGAAUUUUCACUGUUUUUAUUAUGGCAGCAUUGAGGGGAUACCUAAGGCUGUUUUUACAGCCGUUUUGUUCCAACAGGUUUGGUCACAAAAUAGUUAAUUAACAAAGAAUAUUGCAUAAUCAAAAAUUAAUAGCAGUCCAAACAUUUUUUGUUACAUAAAUGAAAACUUUUAAGGGAGGUGAUCCUGCUUUUUUCUUAUUUAUGGGGAAAGUCUGACCAGUUGGUACUCUGUCUAGUAAGUAACAAAUAUAAACAUGUUAGAUAUGUUACAGGGUAUGUAUUAAAAAUCUGACUAGUACUAAAUCAGUCAUUUUAUAAUGUGUUAAUUUUAUUUUCAUGGCUUCUAAAACUAUCUCAUGUUCUACAGCCUUACAACUUGUGUUAGUAUUGUUUUUUAGGUUCUGUCUUCAUCUGAUAUAUAUAUAUUGUUGAUUUACAUUGUCUUGUUGAUGUGAAACCAAAAUUUGUAGUCCUGUUUGGCGCCAUAUAACCUAUACUGUAUAGGUGCGCCGUAAAACCCAAAUAAAUAAAUUGUCUUGUUGAAAUUGUGAAUUGUUAUACAGUUAGAAUGAAUUACAGGAACAAAAUGGUGGAAUGGAAAACUGAAGAAUUUGUUGACAAAAUGGAAUUGUGAAAUGCAAGUUUAGAUUAUAUAUACUUCACAAGGAUUCUGGACGAAUGGCUUCCUCAGUUUCCAAGUGUUGGAAAUUCAGUAACUUUUUGAUGAUGCUAGACCAGGCUAAUUUAAUCUGGAUUUAAUUCAUAAAUUAUCAAAGCCACUCAGUAUUAAUGAUAGAACUUUUGCAACAUAUAUACAAAAGCAAUGUUAAUAGAAGUUAUUUUUAUAUGGAAAAAAUUAUAUUUCAGAAUUAGUUAAGAUUUAAGAUAUAAGAUUUACAACUGUGAUAAAAGAUAAUUUGAGGCGCGUCAUGGGAAAACCAACAUAGUGGCUUUGCGACCAGCAUGGAUCCAGACCAGCCUGUGCAUCCGCGCAGUCUGGUCAGGAUCCAUGCUGUUCGCUUUCAAAGCCUAUUGGAAUUAGAGAAACUGUUGGCGAACAGCAUGGAUCCUGACCAGACUGCGCGGUCUGGAUCCAUGCUGGUUGCAAAGCCACUAUGUUGGUUUUCCCAUGGCACGGCUCAUUUAUGUUUCAUUUCCAGAACUGUUUCAUUCUUGUUAAGUUUCAGUAGUAUCCAUUUUUUCUGAUGUUUCUUUGUUUUUAUUGUAAGAAUGUUAUUCUUUCAACAAAUGUAUGGUAUUAUUUGGAUUUUCUUCUGGGAAUAUUAUGACCAUUUUAUUUUACAAAAGUGUCUAGUUAAUUUUUGUUCAAUAUCCCAAAUGUGUGGUGAAAUUGGUCAUCGCAUUGCAUGAAAAGUGGUGAAAACCCCACAUGCUGUUGUUUUGCCUAGUUUACUGUUAAAAUCUCAUAUUUUGUCAGUUGUUAGUUGUCUAUUAACUUUUUGAAUUUUUUUGUUGUUGAAUAUCUCACAAAGAGUGCAGUGUGCUGGUUAAGGAUGAGUAAUUUGUUGGUAAGGAGGUAUUAAAUGUGAUGCCAAUCAUGAACAAAUUUGUUUCAAAACUUGUGUAUAUUUUGUCAGAUACCCCAGUGUGUCUUAGAACAAUCAACAUGUAUUGGUGCCUUGCUCAUGUAUGGAACUAGAACAUGGGUCGGGGGGUUAUUGUGAUCAAUAUUACUGGUUAUUAAACUCCUAAUUUACUCCUGCUUUUUGAAGGUGAUUUGUGAAAUUAUGUAAAAUAUGUAAUGCAAUCUGAUGCCUUAAAAUGUUUUUACAUCUGGCAUAGCUCCAGGUAGACACUAAACAUGGGAAUGUACAUAGUACAUUACAUUUGCAGAAAUGUUGCUUUCAAAACGUGUAUUUUAAGUCUUAGAUAUGCUGGAAAAUGUUCGUAUGUGAAUACUAGACAAAACAUUUUCAGCAGGCAGUCUGCCUGGCUUGAACCCACUGGCAUGCAUAUAUAUUCAGGGGAAGCUUUGCCCAUACAUGCAUGGUAGAACUAUAAGAGGAAAAUAUAGUUUCUACCAGAUAUAAUUUUCCAAAAAAGGUCAGUAAAUUGUAGGUAUACUAUGUAGACCAGACAUUCGGAAUAACAUACAUUGUGAUAUGUAUUGUUAAACAGUAUUUGGUUCUAAGGAAAAUCAUUUCAUGUUGCAAUAUUUGGGGUAAAUUGAGGAUUAAAUUUUUGAAUCAUGAAGAAACACUUCAUUAGCUUUGUAUCAUGUGAUGUAUUGGUAAUUUAGAUAUCAGCAGACCUGAAAUAUAUAGUACUACAAUAUAUGUGCAGUUUUGCUUCAGUCUUUUGCUUAGAAGCUAACACAGGAUUUUGAUUGUUUUCAUUUAAAUUUAUAAAUACGGACGGAAAGUCAAAAAUGUUAAACUUACUUUACUUUUAAUCUUCCGUCUUCUCUACAUUAACAGAUGUGAGCCAUUUUAUGCUGUUAAAUGUAACAUAAAAAGGUAUUCAAAUUUAUCAUAAUUCAUCUAUUUCAGCUGGACUUUAGUUAGAACUUACAGAAAAUUUUGUACUCUGAUCUUCAGUUUGCUCUCUAUUGUAUUUAUUGUGCUACAUGAUUGUAAUCAAACGGGUUUGAAUAAAAAAUCAAAUAAAAUUUGGGUGAUAAA